AUGGGAGAUAAAGAUUGGAUCAGUGAAUUGCCGGAUGCUCUUCUUUGCCGCAUACUUUCUUUCCUUCCAACAACGAUAAGGGCUGUGAGGACCAGCAUUUUGUCUAAAAGGUGGAACAACGUAUGGACUUGUGUUCCCAAUCUCGACUUAGACUGCGGAGGAAAUUUUGGUUACCAUCACUGUGAUCAUGAUCGUUUUGCCAUGUUUGUUGAUCGUGUACUUUGCUCUCGUGACUCAUCAGACGUCAAAAAAUUUCGUCUCAGGACUUGUGUUACUGACUUGGCUCGUGUUGAGGGUUGGAUUUGUACUGCCGUUAGGCGUAAUGUAGUUGAACUUGAACUUGAACUUGAUGCUGGAGAAAAAUACACUUUUGUGUUGCCUAGAAGCGUUUUUAGCUGCAAAACCCUCAAGGUUUUGAAAUUGCAUGGGUCACUUUGUAUUCCUUAUGCUUCUCCUGCUUCACGGUGUUUCCCAAGUCUCAAGUGCCUCCUUGUUUCAGUUAAAAGUCCUGGUUGUAAGAGCUUAAUGGAAAACGUUUUUACAAACUGUCCUGUACUUGAAGAUUUGAGUAUUUAUUACACGAAUAUUCUUCAAAACGACGCUCCUAUUUAUAAGAUGAAGGUCUCUGCGCUUGAACUGAAGACGUUGAGAAUGAGUUUAAGUCAAAAGUAUCCUGGGGAGAAUGUUUUAAUUGAUGCUCCAAAGCUUGAAAAGCUUGAUGUCCAGACACACUUAGAGGGUGUCUCGAAUUAUUCUUUGGAUGCAAGAUCCCUGGUCAAUGCCAAUAUUGAUUUCGACGACUAUUUUGCAGACCAAGCUUCCCUUCCCAAACAUGCAAUUGCGCUUUUGGCAGGAAUUUCCAAUGCUGGGGAACUCCCCUUUUUUCCUAAUUUGAACAAAUUGAAGGUGGUUGUUUACCGUUGCAAAUACUGGGACUUGCUGGCAGUGCUGCUGGAAAACGCACCUAAUUUGGAAGAUCUUGAUUUAGAAGAUGGAACCAUGCGGGAUGAAAAGCAUUCAAAGCUUCACUGGAAGCCACCAAAAGUUGUGCCUAAUUGUUUGUUGUCGCACCUCAAGACUAUUACCCUAUGUCCAUUCAGGGGACAAAAGAUUGAUAUGGAAUUGGCAGAGUAUUUGUUAAACAAUGGUCAUCUUCUGGAUAAGAUGACACUUUAUGCAAGUUAUUUUUGGCAUACACUAGAUGUAGGGAGUGCACUUCGGAUGUUUAAUAGGGCUUCAAUGACUUGUCAAGUUGAAUACAACAGGAUAAAUCGCUACUAA